AUGUAUUUUGAUCUUCAUUCUUUGCAGACUAUGAGAAGGCAAAGAAAUGAAGUUGUCGUGGAAUUGAGAAAGAACAAAAGAGAUGAGCAUCUUCUAAAGAGAAGGAAUGUUCCCCAUGAAGAUAUCUGUGAAGAUUCUGAUAUAGAUGGUGACUUCAGAGUGCAAAACACUUCUUUGGAGGCAAUAGUACAGAAUGCUUCAAGUGACAACCAGGGUAUACAGUUAAGUGCUGUGCAGGCAGCAAGGAAGUUGCUCUCCAGCGACCGCAACCCACCCAUCGAUGAUCUAAUAAAAUCAGGAAUAUUACCUAUUUUAGUGCACUGUCUUGAAAGAGAUGACAAUCCUUCUUUACAGUUUGAGGCCGCGUGGGCUCUGACAAACAUCGCCUCUGGAACCUCAGAGCAGACACAGGCCGUGGUUCAGUCCAAUGCUGUGCCGCUUUUCCUGAGGCUGCUGCAUUCACCUCAUCAAAAUGUCUGUGAGCAAGCUGUGUGGGCUUUAGGAAAUAUCAUAGGUGAUGGACCCCAGUGUAGAGAUUAUGUUAUUAGCCUUGGAGUAGUGAAGCCUCUGCUGUCCUUCAUCAGCCCAUCCAUCCCCAUCACCUUCCUAAGGAACGUUACCUGGGUCAUGGUCAACUUGUGCCGCCACAAAGACCCCCCUCCACCGAUGGAGACCAUCCAGGAGAUCCUUCCAGCGCUCUGUGUUUUAAUUCACCACACAGAUGUAAAUAUAUUGGUAGAUACAGUCUGGGCACUCUCAUAUCUAACGGAUGCUGGCAAUGAGCAGAUCCAGAUGGUCAUAGACUCCGGAAUAGUCCCUCAUUUGGUUCCUCUUCUCAGCCAUCAAGAAGUUAAAGUGCAAACGGCUGCUCUGAGAGCUGUAGGAAACAUCGUCACCGGCACCGACGAGCAGACACAGGUAGUUCUCAACUGUGAAGCUCUCUCACAUUUUCCAGCACUUCUGACACAUCCCAAAGAAAAAAUUAAUAAGGAAGCCGUGUGGUUCCUAUCUAACAUCACUGCAGGAAACCAGCAGCAAGUUCAGGCAGUAAUAGAUGCAAACCUUGUUCCAAUGAUAAUUCAUCUUCUAGAUAAGGGUGACUUUGGUACUCAGAAAGAAGCUGCUUGGGCAAUAAGCAACUUAACGAUCAGCGGAAGAAAAGACCAAGUGGCUUACUUAAUCCAACAAAAUGUAAUCCCUCCCUUUUGCAAUUUGCUGACAGUAAAAGAUGCACAAGUUGUGCAAGUGGUUCUGGAUGGACUAAGUAAUAUAUUAAAAAUGGCUGAAGAUGAAGCAGAAACCAUAGCCAACCUUAUAGAAGAGUGUGGAGGGCUGGAGAAAAUUGAACAGCUACAAAACCAUGAAAAUGAAGACAUCUACAAACUGGCUUAUGAGAUCAUUGAUCAGUUCUUCUCUUCAGAUGAUAUUGAUGAAGAUCCAAGCCUUGUUCCAGAAGCAAUACAAGGCGGAACAUUUGGUUUCAAUUCAUCUGCCAAUGUACCAGCAGAAGGGUUCCAGUUUUAGAGUGGUAUUUUGGAAGUUAGGUACAAUGCAGCACUGAAUAAAACAAAAAAAAAAAAGGUUUGAUCCAUCAA